AAUUAGGAACAUAAAGGCGAUCCUCUGGUGAGGAGCUGCCACAGCUGUCCAGACCCUCGGCUCAUCCAGACACUGCCUCGGCUGUGAGCACAGCGUCUGGAGAUGAAGACCGUGAUAUGGGCCAUCUUGCUGCUCAGUCUGCUGGCUUCCCUGCAGGCCCAGGAUGCUGAACCAGCGAGGAAUGCUUUUGAAGGGACCUGGUACCUGAAGGCCUUAGUAGCCAGUAGGCCGAUGCCAGAGGGAAUGAAGCCCAAGAAGUCAUUCCCUGUGACAGUGACAGCUCUGGAGGACGGCAGCUACGAAGCCCAGUUUUCCUUCUCCUAUAAGAAUAAAUGCCAAGAGAAGAUCAUUGAGAUGCAGAGAACCAAGGAUCCUAAAAAAUUCAAAACCACACAAGACAUGAUCGUAUCUGUAGAGGAGAUGAAUGUGAAGGACCACCUCAUCUUCUACAUUGAGCACCAGGUCUUCGGGAUGCCCGUGCGCAUUGCGAAGCUCAUGGCGAGGAUGCCGGAGGAAAACCCAGAGGCCCUGCGCGAAUUUAAGAAGUUCAUAAAGCACAAGAAGAUCCCUGUGGAGUACAUGGUCAUCCCCCAGCAAAGCAAGAAAUGUGUCUCCUAGGACGACUUGGCUGCCAACCAGGUCUGCACAUCCUGAGACCCCGCUACUGCCAACUGCACGAACGCCGAUGGACUGCCCUCCUGCAGCAGCCCAUCCCUCCCCUGACCCUGUCUGACUCCAAAUAAAGAACUUCAGCAACCA